AUGAUCGCAACUGGUGUUUGUGGUGUCGCGCUGGUGCUGGUGCUGGUGGUUCUGAUCCCGGUCGUGGUGAACACCGCCGGGACCCCUGCCCGCUACGAGAUGCUCGGGUCCUGUCAAAUGGUGUGCGACUCCCACGGGACCGGGACCGCGACCACGGCUACGGCCAAGGCAACCAACCCGGUCAAAGACAACCGCCUGGUUCAGUCUCUUCCAACCUUCAUCCAGGGUCCCCAAGGAGAGCCGGGACGCGUCGGGAGGAUGGGUCCGAGGGGUCCGCUGGGCGAGCCCGGACCACCUGGACCAGCUGGUCCGCCCGGUGACAGAGGGGCACCGGGUGCACACGGAGCUCCCGGUAUAAAUGGGCCCAACGGUGCCAUCAGCGCUGCCACUUACAACACGAUCCCAAAGAUUGCGUUUUAUGCCGGACUGAAGAAGCAGCACGAGGGAUAUGAAGUGCUGAAAUUCGACGACGUCGUCACAAAUCUGGGCAACCACUAUGAUCCCGCUUCAGGGAAAUUCACCUGCUCAAUACCGGGGAUUUACUACUUUAUUUACCAUGUGCUAAUGCGAGGCGGAGAUGGAACCAGCAUGUGGGCUGACCUCUGCAAGAACAACCAGGUGAGAGCCAGUGCCAUCGCCCAGGACGCCGAUCAGAACUACGACUACGCCAGCAACAGUGCUGUCCUGCACCUCGAGCCCGGGGACGAGAUUUACAUCAAGCUGGACGGCGGAAAGGCGCACGGGGGCAACAACAACAAGUACAGCACCUUCUCCGGCUUCAUGCUGUACGCCGAUUGAAACGCGCAGGAUCCGCUCUGCAUACACUUCACUGCUCAUGCCCAAUCCCAUGCAAAUUGGAUUAAUGGAGGCAGAACUCACCAUUUCCAUAUAGCAAAAAGAGUCCAGGAAGAUGCGGAGGACGU